GUGUUUAAACCUGAAAGGGGGUGGAAAACUAACCCCUCCUCUUCUCUAAUUUCUACUAUACUCUUUUAGAACCUUGUACUAUAAAUUUUGUGCCUCCAACCAAACAUCCACACCAACAUUUUUACUCUUCACCUUCUCUGUCUGUCUCUGUUUGACAUUAAAGAAAUGCAUAACAAAAAUCUUGUAUCUUCCUGCAUCUUACUUCUUCUUUUGUCCUCAAUACCAUCUUUCAAUGUUGUUGUAGCUGGAGAUGGAGAAUCUGGUAACCCAUUUACCCCAAAAGGUUAUCUGAUUAGGUACUGGAAGAAACAAAUCUCAAAUGACUUACCAAAGCCAUGGUUCCUUCUCAACAAGGCAUCCCCAUUGAAUGCUGCACAAUUUGUAACUUACACUAAACUUGUUGCAGAUCAAAAUGCACUCACCACACAGCUUCACUCUUUUUGCUCUUCAGCAAAUCUCAUGUGUGCACCAGAUUUGUCACCAAGUCUUGAAAAACACAGCGGAGAUAUCCACUUUGCCACUUAUGGUGAAAAGAACUUUACCAAUUACGGCACCAACGAACCUGGAGUUGGAGUUAACUCAUUCAAGAACUAUUCCGAGGAAGGAGGUGCAAAUUCUUUCAGGCGAUACGGUAGAGAUUCCCCCCGUGAUAAUCAAUUUGAUAACUAUGCCCCUGAUGGGAAUCUAGUUGAUCAAAAUUUCAACAGCUAUAGCACAAAUACUCCUGGGAGUUCUGGCCAAUUCACAAAUUACGGCCCGAAUACCAAUAUCCCCACUCUGGGGUUCAAUUCCUAUUCCGACAAUGGUGCCGGUUCGGACCAAAAAUUCACAAAUUACGGCAAAAAGACCAAUGUUCCUGAUAUGCACUUCACUUCCUAUUCCGAUCACGGAACGGGUGGGGGACAUGAAUUCAAAUCCUACGCAGACGACGGAAAUGCUGGUGAACAAUCUUUCAAAAACUAUGGCAAAGAUGGGAAUGGAGCUGAUAGUAAAUUCACCACCUAUGGAAACAACACUAAUGUUGAUGGCUCAACAUUUAAAAACUAUGGUGAGACAGCAAAUGGACAGAGCCAAAAGUUUACAUCUUAUGGUUUCAACGGCAAUAAUCCUCAACACAAUUUCCAAAAUUAUGGCGUUGGGGGUAAUGGUCCAUCUGAGACUUUUACUAGCUACAGAGAUGAAUCAAAUGUUGGUGAUGACACGUUCACUACCUAUGUUAAGGAUGCAAAUGCUGGUGAAGCAAAUUUCACCAACUAUGGUCAAUCUUUCAAUGAAGGUACUGAUGUAUUCAUUACAUAUGGCAAAGGGGGCAAUGUCCCACAUAUUAAUUUCAAGACUUAUGGAGUUAACAACACAUUCAAAGAUUAUGUCAGAGACACUGCCACAUUUUCCAAUUACCAAAACAAAACUUCCCAAGUUUCGGCUUCGUUCACCCGUGGCAAAAAGGUGAAUAACCGGUGGGUUGAGCCUGGAAAGUUUUUCCGGGAGAAGAUGUUGAAGAGUGGUACAAUCAUGCCUAUGCCAGAUAUAAAGGAUAAAAUGCCUAAAAGGUCGUUUUUGCCCCGAGUGAUUGCUUCGAAAUUGCCCUUUUCUACCUCAAAGAUAGCUGAGCUGAAGAAAAUCUUCCAUGCCGCCAAUGAUUCAAAGGUGGCAAAGAUGAUCGGCGAUGCUCUGAGUGAGUGUGAAAGAGCACCGAGUGCCGGCGAGACAAAACAGUGUGCUAACUCAGCUGAAGAUAUGAUCGAUUUCGCAAUUUCAGUGUUGGGCCGGAACGUUGUCGUUCGAACGACUGAAAACACAAAAGGGUCAAAUGGUAAUAUCAUGAUAGGAUCAGUCAAAGGAAUCAACGGUGGAAAGGUCACCAAGUCAGUGUCGUGUCAUCAGACGUUGUAUCCUAGCUUACUGUAUUACUGUCAUUCGGUUCCUAAAGUCCGGGUCUACCAAGCGGAUAUUUUGGACCCGAAUUCAAAGGACAAGAUCAACCAUGGUGUUGCCAUUUGCCACGUAGAUACUUCUUCAUGGGGACCCACUCACGGAGCCUUCAUUGCACUCGGGUCGGGACCCGGGAAAAUUGAGGUUUGCCACUGGAUAUUUGAAAACGACAUGACUUGGACAACUGCUGAUUGAGCCAGGGGUAAAAAGGGAUUUUAAAUUUUUAAUAAAUAUUUAUAUUUUCUAUUUCGGGUGGGUUUAACCGAAUAAUGUGUUACAACUUGUUAAUUUAGAUUUGUUACGUAACCAUUCUAUUGUUGUCUCUCUAUAUUUGGAUUUUGCACUCUUUAUAAGAAUAAAUAAAUAAAAUAAAUAACAUGCA